CGUGAUGGGGGUUAUGGAUGAAAAUGCCACCAACGCAUCCACUACCUUCCUUUCCACAUUUGACGUUCAGGGAGCCCAAACUGCUUCUGUCCCAUUCAACUUCAGCUAUGGUGACUAUGACAUGACCUUGGAUGAAGAUGAAGAUGUGACCAAUUCCCGCACUUUCUUUGCUGCCAGGAUUGUCAUUGGCAUGGCCCUGGUGGGUAUCAUGCUGGUCUGUGGCAUUGGCAACUUUGUUUUUAUCAUUGCCCUCGCUCGGUACAAGAAGCUACGCAACCUCACUAACCUGCUCAUUGCCAACCUGGCCAUCUCUGACUUCCUAGUGGCAAUUGUCUGCUGCCCCUUUGAAAUGGACUACUACGUCGUGCGCCAGCUCUCCUGGGAGCAUGGACACAUCCUAUGUGCCGCUGUCAAUUACCUGCGUACUGUCUCUCUCUACGUCUCCACCAAUGCACUGCUGGCCAUUGCUAUUGACAGGUAUCUGGCCAUCGUCCACCCGCUGAGGCCACGGAUGAAGUGUCAGACUGCCACCGGCCUGAUCGCCUUGGUGUGGGCUGUGUCCCUCCUCAUCGCCAUCCCUUCUGCCUACUUCACCACUGAAACUGUCCUGUUCAUUGUCAAGAGCCAGGAGAAGAUCUUCUGUGGCCAGAUCUGGCCAGUGGACCAGCAGCUCUACUACAAAGCCUACUUCCUCUUUCUCUUUGGCCUUGAGUUCCUGGGCCCCGUGUUCACCAUGACGCUGUGCUAUGCCAGAAUCUCCCGAGAGCUGUGGUUCAAGGCAGUCCCUGGCUUCCAGACAGAGCAGAUUCGCAAGCGGCUGCGCUGCCGCCGAAAGUCGGUGUUGGUGCUCAUGGGCAUCCUCAUGGCUUACGUGAUGUGCUGGGCGCCCUUCUACGGCUUCACCAUCGUGCGUGACUUCUUCCCCACUGUGUUCGUGAGGGAGAAGCAUUAUCUCACUGCCUUUUACAUUGUCGAAUGCAUCGCCAUGAGCAAUAGCAUGAUCAACACCUUGUGCUUCGUGAGCGUCAAGAAUAGCACCAUCAAAUACUUCAAGAAGAUACUGCUGCUCCACUGGAAGACUUCUUACAACAGCAACAAAUCCAGCACUGAGCUUGACCUCAAGACCACGGGGAUACCUGCCACUGAAGAGGUUGACUGUAUCAGACUGAAAUAA